CAGCCCUGGAGAGCUGUCGCGGUUUCCAUCCGCCCUGCGCUAGCCGAGAUGCUCCUCCCGCCGCCGCCUGCGCUAACCCGCGUCCUGCUGGCCCGAGCCUGGAGGGCGUCUGGGCUUCGGUGGAAGCACGCCUCUGCCUUGAAGGUUGCCAAUGAGCCCGUCUUAGCAUUUACGCAGGGCAGUCCUGAGCGAGAAGCGCUGCAAAAGGCCCUAAAGGACCUGAAGGGCCAGACGGAAGCCAUCCCAUGUGUGGUAGGGGACGAAGAGGUGUGGACAUCAGAUGUGCAGUACCAGCUGUCGCCCUUUAACCAUGGACACAAGGUGGCCAAGUUCUGCUAUGCAGACAAGGCCCUGCUCAACAAAGCCAUCGAGGCCUCCUUGGCUGCCAGGAAAGAAUGGGACCUGAAGCCUGUGGCGGACAGAGCCCAGAUCUUCCUGAAAGCAGCAGAUAUGCUCAGUGGUCCACGCAGGGCCGAGGUCCUUGCCAAGACCAUGGUGGGACAGGGCAAGACGGUUAUCCAAGCGGAGAUUGAUGCCGCCGCCGAGCUCAUCGACUUCUUCCGGUUCAAUGCCAAGUUUGCCGUGGAGCUGGAGGGGGAGCAGCCCAUCAGUGUGCCCCCCAGCACCAACAGUGUGAUCUACCGAGGACUGGAGGGCUUCGUCGCUGCCAUCUCGCCCUUUAACUUCACUGCAAUCGGAGGUAACCUGGCAGGAGCACCGGCCUUGAUGGGCAAUGUGGUUUUGUGGAAGCCCAGUGAUACCGCCAUGUUGGCCAGCUAUGCCGUCUACCGCAUCCUUCGGGAGGCUGGCCUGCCCCCCAACAUCAUUCAGUUUGUGCCAGCUGAUGGACCCACAUUCGGCGACACUGUCACCGGCUCAGAGCAUCUCUGUGGCAUCAACUUUACAGGCAGUGUACCCACCUUCAAACACCUGUGGAAGCAAGUGGCCCAGAACCUGGACCAUUACCGUACCUUCCCGCGCCUGGCCGGGGAGUGUGGCGGGAAGAAUUUCCACUUCGUGCACUGCUCGGCAGACGUGGACAGUGUGGUGAGCGGCACUCUGCGCUCAGCCUUCGAGUACGGUGGCCAGAAGUGCUCGGCCUGCUCGCGCCUCUACGUGCCCCGCUCGCUGUGGCCGCAGAUCAAAGGGCGCCUGCUGGAGGAGCAUGGCAGGAUCAAAGUGGGCGAUCCCACAGAGGACUUCAGGACCUUCUUCUCCGCUGUGAUCGAUGCCAAGUCCUUUGCCCGCAUCAAGAAGUGGCUGGAGCAUGCGCGCUCCUCUCCCAGCCUCACCAUCCUGGCCGGGGGCAAGUGUGACGACUCUGUGGGCUACUUUGUGGAGCCCUGCAUCUUGGAAAGCAAGGAUCCCCGGGAGCCCAUCAUGAAGGAGGAGAUCUUCGGGCCUGUGCUGACAGUCUAUGUCUACCCGGAUGACAAGUACCGGGAGACGCUGCAGCUGGUCGACGGCACCACCAGCUACGCCCUCACGGGGGCAGUGUUCGCCCAGGAUAAGGAUGUUGUCCAAGAAGCCACGAAGAUGCUGAGGAACGCUGCUGGCAAUUUCUAUGUCAACGACAAGUCCACUGGCUCAGUGGUGGGCCAGCAGCCCUUCGGUGGGGCCCGGGCCUCUGGAACCAAUGACAAGCCAGGGGGCCCCCACUACAUCUUACGCUGGACAUCACCUCAGGUCAUCAAAGAGACCCACCAGCCCCUGGGAGACUGGCGCUAUGCUUACAUGCAAUGAGCCCCACCCAGCACCCGUCCGUGGAUCCAGAUGGCCGGCCUUACUGCAGUGCUCCUGCCUUGCCCUCUCCCCACCUGUCCCUUCUGGGUCCUCUAAGACAAAUUGACCUUGUCUUGUUCACUGGUCUAUAUCCUGGACCUCUGAUAUCCUCAGUGCCAUGUGUCCAAUUUGGCUUGAGGUUAUGUUGGGGAGGAAACCCCAUGUGCUGUGUACCACCUUGGUGCCUGGCAGGUUCUCCACCUGCCCACUUCAACCUCCCCAUCCUUGGGCAGGUGCUUCGGUGACCUGGGGAAUGGAGAGAGGAGGCAUCGCUGGUGCCCAGCAGCCUCACCAAGGUCUCUUGGCCUCGGCUCCAGCUCUUUCAAGUGUCCAGUGAAGUGUGACUCCAGGUGCCUGCUGAUAGUGCCAGCCGGCCUUGUACUCUGGUCUUGGCUAGAUCCACCCGUCCCCAGCCAAGCACCUUAGACCCACGUGCCUUCUUCCAGGGUGCCUCUGUUUCCUUGGGGCCCUCGGCCUUCCUGGCUGCCUGCUGGAUGUGGCCAGUGGUAGUGGUUCCGUACAGGCUGUGAUUCUGGAAAACCUUGAGCGGGCCUUGUGCUGUUGCGCUGUCCCUCAGAGACACCCCUCCCAGAGCCUGUCUCAGCGCCGGGGAUCCACUGCAGGGGCUCGUUCUGCCCAGGCAGGUGUUACUGCCCCUGCAGGUGUUACUGCCCCCUGGUGCUGGUCCCUGACACCAAGCGUUGGGUGCCCCUCCAGCCUGGACUGAGGAUGUGGCCUGUCGAAUCGGAUUCCAUCUCCCGCAUCCAAGAAGCUCUGUGUGGCCUGGCCCAGUUUUCACUGGAUUCGGCCAGUGGCAAAUUUUUGCUUGGGUUCUGGGUGGUGAAGACUUGCUAAGUUAGGGCCUUUGAUGACGGUUUUUAGGGGUCUGAGAGAGUUCCCUUCAAGGUCAGCUGCAUGGGACCCCCACAGAGCUAACAUGGCCAUCAUAUCCUGUUUGUCACCAUGGCCUAUACUUGAGCAGGUGCCAGUACCACCUAAAUCAGGUAUGGGCUCUACUUCCUUCCAUACUCCGUGUUGUCUUUUUUUUUUUUUUUUUUUUUUGAGGGUGGAAGGGUUGCAGCUGAGGGUAUGGGCUGCAGGAAUUCCUGGCUGGUUCUGCACUGUGAAAGGGCAGUAGGUUCAACCCAUGGCUGCCCAAUAAAAUGCCUGCUGCCUAUCAAA